AUGGAUUUGAAAUUCAUCAAAUCCAAACAAUUCCGACAAGUACCGUUCGCGUUAAUACCGCAGUAUAAAAAAGAAAUCAAUCGGUUAAAAGAUGCUGAAAUAUUAAAGCCAGUGCAAUUUAGUGAAUGGGCAUCACCUAUCGUGUUAGCCAAAAAACCUGAUGGGUCGGUUCGUAUUUGCGCAGAUUUUAAAGCUACUGUGAAUCCACAAAUUGAUGUUGAACCAUAUCCAUCACCUUUGCGCGAAAGUUUAUUUCACACUAUUCGGCACGGGAAACUGUUUACAAAAAUAGAUUUGAAAGGCGCUUAUUUGCAAAUGGAGCUAGAUGAUGAAACUAAAAAAGUCUUAGUAAUAAAGACUCCAAUCGGUCUUUUUCAGUACCAACGUCUUCCGUACGGUAUUGCUAGUGCGCUUGCAAUUUUUCAAAGGUACUUAGAGCAAUUAUUAGAAAAUCAAGAAGGCUGUGGAAAUUUUUUAGAUGAUAUUAUUACAACCGCUUCUAGUACCGAAGAACAUAUCAAACGUGUGAAAAAUGCUACAGAAUUAGCACAUUAUCGGGAAGAUUUACAAUUACACGUUGCUGCUGAUGCGUCAUCAUAUGGAAUCGGUGCUGUAUUAUCUCACAUUUUGGCCGAUAGUUCCGAAAAACCAAUUGCUUUUGCAUCGAAAACAUUGGAUCGGCAUCAAGUCAGAUAG